AUGGCGGCGUGGGGUUCGGCUGAGGGCUCCGGCCCGCGACGUCCAAUCACGGGUAAAACGGGCGAUGGGGAAGAUGGGAAUACUGUUGCCGACUUUAACUGUGCAGUAUUUGAGGUCGUAAAUCCUGCUUAUGCACUGGCACCUCGCCUCUGCUGUCGGGCCUGCCUUGCCGCAGGGGAGGUGCCCGUGCCUCUCUCCGAAGCGGGGACUCCUGCAGAUGGCCAAAAGCGCUUUGGGUCGUCGGCGGUUCGGGUCGUUCCCUGGCUGACGCAUGCGACCUCAAGCCACGUGCAAGAGGAGCGCCGGGCUGCAGGCUCCCGUAGCCCGCCUUGCUUGGGUCCUCCGUGGGGCUUCUGUGCAAACCUCGUCUGGAUCCGCGCAGAGCCAUGGAACGCCGCGCCAGUCGGUCUGAACAAACCACUCUCUAGGAGGACACGGAGCAGCAAGAUUGGGAGCGGUUUCUGGGUCGGUGCAACAGCCCCGCAGGACACAAAGAAGGUGAGGAUGGGAGGAACCUGGCUGGGUCUGCCAGCUGGACAGCACUUGAUGGCUCUGGGACACAGGCACUCAAACAAAUGGAGAAACAUGAUGGAUUUCAGAAAAUUCAGGCUGUUUGUUUGCCUUGUAGGGCUCAGCUGUGCUAGCUUCUGGUUUUUUUACAGCAAUUUGACUGAAUUCUGUAUAUUCUGUGAGAACAGCCAAGAUUACAUACUCCCCAUACAGACUUUUAGGAGAAUUGGAGGAAACUUUUCACAGCUUCCGGAUAUAGACUGCCAUAAGAACCCGCCUUUCCUCAUCCUGCUUGUGACAUCCUCGUACCACCACGCCGAUGCCAGGAUGGCCAUCCGGCAAACCUGGGGGAAGGAGAGAACAGUUGCGGGCAAGCGCCUGGUGACAUAUUUCCUUCUGGGAAGCACUGUGAAUCUCAGCCAGCAGGCUGAUAUUGCUGCUGAAAGCCAAAAGUACAAAGACAUUAUUCAAAAGAAUUUUACAGACACGUAUUACAACUUGACUUUGAAGACCAUGAUGGGAAUUGAAUGGGUUCACAGAUUUUGUUACCAGUCAAGCUUUGUGAUGAAAACUGACACAGAUGUGUUUGUCAAUGUUUUUUACCUCACUGAGCUUCUUCUAAGGAAAAAGAGGUCCACUAGAUUCUUCACAGGCUUUUUAAAACUGCACGAAUACCCCAUCCGGAGAAGAGGGAGUAAGUGGUACGUGAGUAGAGAAGAGUAUCCUGGAAAGACCUACCCGCCGUUUUGUUCUGGGACUGGCUAUGUUUUAUCCACCGACGUUGCUAGUCAGAUCUAUAACAUUUCAGAGAGCGUUUCGUUCAUUAAACUGGAGGAUGUAUUCAUAGGACUGUGCCUUGCCAAAUUAAAAAUUCAUCUGGAGGAGCUUCAUUCAGAGCAGACGUUUUUUCCAGAAAGGAUUAGGUUCUCUGUUGCUCGCUUUAGGAGAAUCGUGAUGUGCCAUGAAGUAGAACCAUCUGAGCAGCUGAGCUACUGGAAUCACUUAGUGACAGAAGAUCACAGGGGAGUGCUCUAG